UGAGCACUCGAACGCUAGAACCCUCCAAGUUGCAAAUGAGAAGACAGAAGACGAGUGAGAUUCAUCAUUAUAGUCAUCCAAUCCGCAUACAGUGGUUUUUAACAUUUGUCCAAUAGGGAAGCUAUACGGAGAGAUUCUGGACUGUUCUUCCAAAGAUGAUUGGGUGGACUAUAUUCGGUUAUUUCUGAGCUUCUCAGAGCUCCCUUGAGUUUACCUGUGGGCUUUCCUUACACCUCCCCUCUUUAUAGUCUCUUGUGUAAGACUCUUCCCUCGGGUCCACCUGAAACGUGGUUAACUCAUUCCUCUUGCGGUCUAUCUUUCUUGAAGUUUUUGCCAUUAUGCCUUUACGUUUUUUAUAUUUUCUACAUUCGUUCUCUUUAGGGCUUUUCUAAAAUGAAUCCACGAGCAUUUGAAACGGGAGUCGGUUUUGCAUGAUUAAUGUUCUACCAUGUCUUAUACACAUCCCGACGUUUAUCCGGGCUAAGAACAGUACAUCUCCAACCCGACGUUCUAUAACACCUGAUCCCCACUUCCUAUUACUUUGAUACGACUUGACAAGUACCCUUUCUCCCAUCUGAAAGCCGCAAAAGACCGUCCUAUACUCGUUCGUAGGUCUAUUUGUCUUGCUGGGCGGCAACAUACUUUUAAAGGCUGUCCAAAUUUUCCUCCCGAAUAUACACUCAGCUGGUGGUCUUCCGUCUGGCACUGUCGGAUUGGAGGUAACUCUGUAAGACAUAAAGUACUUACUGAUCUUUUGUUCUGGAAUACUCUGUCCCCCCUUUGACCAGAGCUCUUUUUAUCGUAUCCACGAAUCUUUCCGCUUGGUCAUUCGACUGAGGAUGGUACGGAGGAGACUGUAGGCGCGUUAUACCAUUUUUGCUGCAAAACCGUUUAAAAGCAGAUGAUAUAAACUGAGUGCUGUUGUCAGUUACCAAGAUCUCUGGAACAGCAAGACAAGCAAACAAUCCUGACAAUCUUCUCAUUAUACUCUUUGACGUCGUGUUCGGCAUGUCAUAUGCUUUCGACUAUUUCUUGAAAGCAUCUACAACAACCAAGUAAUUUCUACCUUGUAUUGGACCGGAGAAAUCAGUGUGCAUUCUUUGCGUCCGGUUUUGACCAUGGUUGUGGUUCUGUAUUGGUGGGAUUCUUUGCGGCCUCUAGACAGGACCAACAACUGAGACACUUUUGUUUUAUGUCAUGGUCCGUUGACGGCCAAUAUGAGUAACAGUGACUUCACUUUAUUUUUCCCUGAGUGCCCGCUAUGGGUUCAUAAACAAGUACUUGUUAUUUGUAUAUAUUCUAGGCACACCUUGAUGACGACUACCAACUAGCAUGAAACUAAAGUCUAAAGCUUCCUGUCGACUACUACCGAUUACUUAAUGUUUAUCUGUAACAUUUGUUUGAAUAAUGAACUAUUUCAUAAAACUUACAUCAAUAUCAUUUAACAUCACGUCUCACUUUUCAUCAAAACUUAAUACAAUAUUCUUUUUGUUGGUAUCCUUAUUAUUUGAACAGAUAGAAUUGUUUAUCAGUUAUCAAAUCGUAAGUAUAUUGAACAAGGAUGGACUGCUGUGAAUCAUGUAAAACAUAAUGAUGGUGAUAGCAGUAAUGACAACUUAUUAUUAGUUAGUGGUGAUGGCGAAUCUAUGCAUAACAUCUCAGAUAAAGUAUUAAAUGAGUCGACUGAAAUACAACUUGAUUUUAUACAACAUACAUAUUCGAAUGGGGAAGUAUUUUUACGAAAAUAUAACGACAAUACAGGAGUCAUAUUUUAUCCAACUGGUAAUCCAGCAAUCUUGUUUUUACCUAGCGAAAUUAACACCAAUAAUAAUGAACCAGUUGGUCUACUAUUUAUUGUACAUGAUCUGUUAAAUCUGAAUAUAACAAAAGUUGGAAAAGAAGAUGCCAAAAUAAAUCAUAAACAAAAAUCUGCUUCUUUUAAAGUGUUAAAUAAUAAUACUAGUAAAAUGAAAUUGACCAAUGCGGAUGUACAGCCAACUGUUGGCCAAUUAAUCGGUGUAUUCGAUAGCAAUAUUCAUGGGGUAGUUUAUGACAAGAAAAAUAAUAUAAGAUUACAAUAUAAUCAUAAUGAAGGUGUCUAUUUCAAGCAACCAUUGGAUAGAUACACAAGGGUAUGGAAAUGGUCUGGAGAAAAACAUGUCCAUGCACCACCUUUUCAACCACUGUUAAUAAAAUUAAAUGAUAUUAUAACAUUGAAAAUUUAUCGGUUUAAUAAAAUCCAUCUACAUUUCCAAACAAUGAAAAUUAUUUGCAAAUUAGACCUCACAAGUAAACAGUUGAAAUUACAAUGGAUAAACACAGAGCAGUAUAGGGAACCAAAAUAAGUUUGAACAUUUUGCCUGACCGUAUCCUAUAAUACAUGAUAACGAAUUGGAUGAAUUAGAAUAGUUGUAGUGUAUUGAUCGCCACUUGCUCAUAACUAACACGCUGUUGUUCUUACGGAGUAUGUAAAUUACUUGCAUUUUUAAAUACAAC